UAUUAGCUAGCACUCGCUAACGGUAUUCUCUGUAAAAGGGAAGACGGUAACUCAAGAAAAUCAACACCUGAAUUACUUAAAGGACUGUACCUCAAUAAAUUAUAACUGAUCGAGGAAGGAUUAAUUAAGCUGUAAACGUUACAACCGACGUUUGAUAUUUUUGUUGGGUGUCUGUUGUCUCAUGAUGGAAGAUAACACUGCACAUUUCUUCGAGGGGACCGAGAAGCUGUUGGAGGUGUGGUUCUCUCGGCAGGAUGAGACCAAAGGAACCGGGGACCUCCGUACCAUCCCAAGGUUUGAGUGGGACAAACUUUUGGAGAAUGUGCAUUGUUUGAUCAUAAGUGUGACAAAGACUGACAAGCAGGAAGCUUAUAUACUCAGUGAGAGUAGCAUGUUUGUCUCCAAGAGACGUUUCAUUUUGAAGACAUGCGGAACCACCCUCUUGCUGCAAGCACUGGUGCCUCUGCUGGAACUCGCCAGGGAGUACUGCGGCUUUGAUGCCAUCGAGAACUUCUUCUACUCCCGCAAGAAUUUUAUGAAGCCGACCCAUCAAGAGUUCCCUCAUCGAAACUUCCAGGAGGAAGUGGACUUUCUCAGCGAGAUUUUCCCAAAUGGUGCAGCCUACUGUAUGGGGCGUUUGAACUCUGACUGCUGGUACCUGUUUACCUUGGACUUACCAGAGUACUGGGAAAACAAGCAUGCAGAUCAGACACUGGAAGUUCUGAUGAGCGACCUUGAUCCAGCCAUUAUGGACCAGUUCUAUAUGAAAGAUGGUGUUUCUGCAAGUGAUGUCACUCGUAUGAGUGGAAUUCGUGACCUGAUACCAGGUUCUGUGAUCGAUGCCACAAUGUUCAACCCUUGUGGAUAUUCAAUGAAUGGAAUGAAGACUGACGGAACUUACUGGACCAUCCACAUCACCCCUGAGCCGGAGUUCUCCUACGUCAGCUUCGAAACCAACCUCUCCCAGACGUCGUACGAUGAUCUGGUUAGGAAGGUGGUGGAGGUGUUCAAGCCAGGAAAAUUUGUGACUACCCUUUUUGUCAAUCAGAGCUCCAAAUGUCGCAGUGUCUUUUCUUCUGCCCAGAAACUCGAGGGCUACAAGCGUCUCGACCGCCAGUUGGCUCAGUUCAACGACUACAAUUUUGUCUUCACAAGUUACGCCAAGAAUCGCCAGCAGAACCAGCAGAGCUGAGGGUUGAGGAUGAAGAAGAGGCGUAAAAAGAAAGGCGGCCGCCCGGGGCUCACCCCCUGUAUCCGGCUUUACCCCCCAGUAGAGAGCUUCUCGUCCUCCCCCUCCCCUUCCUCCUCCUCCUCAUCCUCCUCCCUCCUCCCUCCCUCCUCCUUCUGCUGCUGCUGCCGUGGUUCAGGACCUCCCGGUGCUGACGCGGUUGCGAGCCCUAGCUUAACCUCCAGUUUGAGUUGUUUGCAUUGUACCUGUGACUUAGAUCUCUUGCAUGAAAGCUCUUUUCUCUGUUUCGAUAUUCUAGCUCACUCUUGCUGUGAUCUUGAAGUGCAUGUAGAGGAAUUAAACACGCUCCGUUUGAGGCUGUCCACCUGUGCCCAGUACAACGGUCCCUUCCUGCAGGUCUCCCCCCUCAUCCCCCACAGACAAGGCUUCCGCCCGCACUAGGCCAGGGCCCUGACAUGCUCAGAUCCGUCUGCCUC